AUGUCAUUUACUUCGAUUCCCAUUCUGGAUCUGCAACUCGCCCGGGACCCGGCCACCAAGCCCGAGUUCCUGCAACAGCUGCGCUACGCUCUCCUAGAAGUGGGUUUCUUGUAUCUCAAGAACGUAGGCAUCCCAGAGAAACUCUUCCAAGAUGUCAUCAAGAAGGGGAAGGGGUUCUUUGACCUGCCUCUCGAAGAGAAACUCAAAAUUGAGAUGAAAAACGCCAAGUCCUUCCUUGGGUACUCUCAGCUCUCUGCCGAAAUCACGGCCGGCGAAAUCGACCACCGCGAACAGAUUGACUUGUCUACCGAGCAUCCUGUCCCGUCGCCAAGCGCUCCUCUGUACCACAACCUCCUGGCGCCGAACCAGUGGCCGGCUGAAUCCUACGCGCCCGGCUUUCGGGCCACUUACACGGACUACAUGAAGCGCAUGAGCGAAAUCUCCAUCUACUUUACGUCUCUCAUCGCCGAGGCCAUCAAGCUGCCCAGCGACGCCUUCAGCAAGUACUUUGACGAGGACCAGCAGCACAAGCUCAAGAUAGUAAAGUACCCCGACAUGGCGGAGCUGGGACAAGACGGCCAAGGCCAGGGAGUCGGGCCACACAAGGACAGCAUGCUGACGAGCUACCUGCUCCAAGCUACGUCCCAUCGGGGCCUGCAGGUGCAAAAUGUCCAGGGGGAGUGGAUCGACUGCCCGCCGAUUGAUGGCACGCUGGUUGUGGCGAUAGGGCAGGGGAUGGAGGCGUUGACACAGGGCGUCUGCGUGAGCACCACCCAUCGAGUGGUGUCGCCGGCUGCGGGAUCCGGGGCCAGGUAUUCCAUUCCGUUCUUCCAGGGGGUGAAGCUGGAUGCCGAGUUUGAUGACUUGGAAACGGUAGGUGUUGGGAGGGUGCCGGACGAUGUGAGGGAGCAGAGGAGGAAGGUUAUCGAGCGGACGGGCGGGAGGAUUGACGAUGUCGAGUUUACGUUUAGGGCGGGGGCCGUGGCCAAAACGUUGGGUGAGGCCACGCUGAGGAACAGGGUCAAGAGCCACCCGGACGUCGGGGAGAGGUGGUAUCCGGAUAUUUUGAGGGCGAUUAGGGAGGAGCAGGCUGCUGCCGCGGCGGCGAAGAAGAGUGCCGCCGGACCGGGGCCAGCUGCCGGUGUCGCUCCAAAGGCAGUUGAGGCUCAUUGA